AUGGGGUCAUCUGGACAAGGGCAGAGCAACUAUGAUCUGUCGUUCAAGAUCUUGCUGAUCGGGGAUUCUGGAGUCGGCAAGAGUAGUAUUCUUAUCAGUUUUAUUUCUAAUGCUGUUGACGAUCUUGCCCCUACAAUCGGUGUGGAUUUUAAGAUCAAAUUAUUCACAGUUGGUGGGAAAAAGUUGAAGCUUACAAUUUGGGACACUGCUGGACAGGAGAGGUUCAGGACAUUGACGAGCUCAUAUUAUAGAGGUGCCCAAGGGAUUGUUCUUGUUUAUGACGUGACAAGAAGAGAUACCUUUACAAAUUUAUCUGAUGUAUGGGCAAAAGAAGUGGAACUUUACUCCACUAAUCAGGAUUGCAUCAAGAUGCUUGUUGGAAACAAAGUAGAUAGAGAAUCCGAACGAGUUGUAAGUAGGGAAGAAGGCAUUUCCCUAGCGAAAGAGUUUGGAUGUCUAUAUCUUGAAUGCAGUGCUAGAACUCGGGAAAAUGUGGAACGAUGUUUUGAAGAGCUGGCCUUAAAGAUUAUGGAGGUGCCAAGUCUUCUUGAAGAAGGAUCUACAUUAGGGAAGAGAAACAUCCUGAAACAGAAACAAGAACAGCAUACACCUCCUGGUGGCAGUUGUUGUUCGUAA